CAACAGCAACAACCGAGUGCGGCCAAGUGUUCAUAAAUUAAUGCUAGGCAAACAGUGUUGUGUUAGACCAGUCCGAAAGACACUAUUCCCCUCUCUCUCCCCCUCGAACAGUCCGUCUCUCUCUCGCCCCUGCUGUCGCUCAAAAUGCUACGAAACUAUCGAAAGUAUUUGCAGGAUAAACGGAAAUACGACAAGCCACAACGACGAGGCAGCGAAGGAUACAUUUGUCACGUUUAGGCAAAUUGCAAGGACACGAAAAACCCCCCAGCAGCAGCAGCAACUCGCAGCAAUACGCAGCAGCAGCAGCAGCAGCGGCAGCAACACGCAGCAGCAACACUCGCUAUCGAGAUUUUGUACAUAAAGUCGGGGCAAUAGCAACAACAACUUUGGAGGACGCCAUGUAUGCGCAACAUUUGCGCAAAUGGAGUCUAAAAACAAAAAAGCAACUAAUGCCAUUGAUAUUGCUAAUUAUCAGCUACAUGUUGCUACUAAACACAUGUGUAUUGUCGUCGGCGACGACACAGCAGCAGCAGCAACAGCAGCAGCCAAGAUUAUGGGAAGGCAGUGCCGAAGCCGAAGAAAGCAGCUACUAUAUACCACUGAGUUCGGAUAAUGGCAGCGGGAGCAGUGAAAGCAGCAGCAGCAGCAACAUCGACAACAAUAUCUUAAGUAGGCUGCUCAGCCUCACCAGCAAUAGUCUUAGUAGCCGUAGCAAUGUUAAGUUAGAGCCAGCAACAGUAUUCGACGCCGGCAGCAGUUCAGCCGCUCAGCAGGAGCAACAUGUUGCUGCCGCGCCAGAGCAGCAGCAGCAGCAGCAACACCAGCAGCUACAGCAGCAGCAGCAGUCAAUGCAAAAAGUUCCAAAUACGUUAAUCAAUAGUCAAAUAUAUAAUUUAUUAUACAAUGGCAUGCCCAGCGAGGCGGCGAGCAGUAAAAUGCGUCGUCACAUUCAACCAUCACAAUCGCAGCUGCAACACCAGCAGCAGCAGGAGAGUUUAGCACGAAUGCCGAGCAACUUCAGCAGUCGGGCGGUACAGAGCUAUCUAAUAGAGUCCUACGAAGUGCCAGAUAGCCAGUUUGAUGGCCAGGCGCGAAGUCGGCGGGACGGUAGCAACACCAACGCCGGCCGACAGCAGCAGCAACAUCGUCCCGGCCACCGGCAACAGUUGCAGCAGGACAAGCGCGAUCAUCGCCGCCAGCGGAAGGAACAGCGGAAGGAGCAACAGCAUCAGCAUCAACAUCAGCACAAGAGCAACAACCACCAGCAGCAGCAGCGCAGGAAGCACCAGCGGAAGCAUCGGGGUCACCAGCGAUCCGAUCGCUACUGCUCCGCCCGGGAUCCCGCCCAGUUGGCCUAUGCGGCGCCCACCGUCUUCCAGGGCGUCUUCAAGUCGAUGUCUGCCGAUCGGCGGGUCAACUUCUCGGCCACGAUGAAGGUGCAGAAGGUGUACAAGCAGCAGCACGACCUCCAGCUGCCCACCCUGGUGCGAUUGCAGUUCGCGUUGAGCAACGCCAGCGGCGAGUGCGACAUCUACAGGGAGCGACUGCUGCCGCGCGGACUGCUCCGUUCCGGAAACGAUCUGCAGCAGGCCUCGGAUAUAUCCUACAUGAUGUUUGUCCAGCAGACCAAUCCCGGCAACUUCACCAUCCUCGGCCAGCCCAUCAGAGUCACCCACUCGGUGGUGAAAUCGGUCAAGAUGGCUGUGAGCGAAAAUUAUGCACAGAACGCAUCGAUCACGUCGAUCACCUCGGUGCCGAGUAAUACCUCCAUCGAGCAUGGCCGGGAAUUGAGGAUCGUCUGCAAGGUGUCGGGUCAGCCGCCCCCAAAGGUCACCUGGUUCAAGGACGACAAGUCCAUCAAUCGCAAGCGCAACGUAUACCAAUUCAAGCAUCACAAAAGACGUUCCGAGCUGAUAGUGCGCUCCUUCAAUAGUUCCUCCGAUGCGGGCAAGUACGAGUGCCGAGCCAAGAAUAAGGCCAGCACGGCGAUCGUCAAGCGCCGCAUCAUGAUCAAGGCCUCGGCAGUUCUCUUUCCGUCGACCGUCGACCAGUCGCGCAGCUCGGGCACCCCCUGUCACUUCGAUUUCUGCUUCCAUGGCGGCACCUGUAUGAUGAUCGCGGACCUGAACGCGGUCUUCUGCAAUUGCCCAACCGGAGUCUUCGGCGAACGUUGCGAGAACCAGGGGCCCGACAAUAUUUUGUUGCAAUCUACGGCCAAAUACAUACCUUAAAUAACGACUAUUAAUGCAUAGAAUUUUGUUUCAUUAUUUUUAUUAUUUUAUAAACAAACCGAAAAACAAGAAAUCAAACUCCCUGCACUCCAAAACGUCGACAAAUGUAAUUUUUUAGGUUUUUAAAAAAUUAGAGAAUUUGUUGCACCAGCAGAUCAAGCCCAAAAAAACCCAUCACCGUUCUCAAAGUUUGCAACUACAAAAAAAAAACAUAUCCGAAACAGAAAACCGAAAACAUUUCAAAAUUCGUACGAUUCCCCCAGCCCAGAGUUCCUUCUUCCCGAGCGAAAAGUUCCAGAUCCAGACUGACUUUAGCUACGCUUGUUUUUGUGCACGGUGACAGAAUAUUUUAAAUGUAUAAAUCUGAUGUAUGAAUUCUGAACAGAAAUUUAAUUUAUUUAUUGUACGAAAGUGAAAAUCGAAGAUCGAAGUUUGAAGUUACCGAUUCGACCCUGACUCUGACACUGUUGCGCUGUAGCCGAGAACUUUGUAAUAAAUCCUGUAAAUAGCUCUCGUUUUAACUAACGAUAAGUUUUAUGUACAUUUCAACUAAGCUAAUGCAAGCCCUUCUUUAACCAUAAUUUAUUGUAUUUAAUUACACCUAAAUUAAACGUAACUCUAGCUCUAAGCUCACACACACACAAACACCCCACACAUACGAACACUAUAAAGCUACUUAAUUUCGAAAUACUAUUUUAUUUGUCCUCGUUUUUGAUUUGCGUAAUUAUAACACCGAAAUAUGUAAAAUGGCAAAUUAGUUAUUUUUUUCGCAAUGUGUAUGUUGAAAGGCAAGGAAGUGCGUAGAGAUUAUUUUUAGUUAUUUUAAGUGGCAAAUUUUUUAUAUAUUUAAUUAUUGAAAGAUUUAUACCAAAAA